AUGGGGGUCGUAAAACGCGUGGCUGUCAUCGGCGCCGGACCAGCGGGUGCCAUCGCCGUCGAUGCACUCUCUCAAGAAAAGACAUUCGAUCUCAUUCGUGUUUUUGAACGUCGCGAAGGUCCUGGAGGAUGUUGGAUCGGCGAUACAACACAACCUCCAACAAUCUCCAACUUGGCAAAGCUCGCAAACCGCACAGCAGAUGAGCAGUUGCCUAUUCCUAAACAAUUACCAGCUAUUCUGCCAAAUUCUACACAGCCUCGUCAUGAAGAGUCAUCAAUCUAUCCAUAUCUGGAAACCAACGUCGACACAUCGACCAUGGAGUACACCCAGGAGCCUAUCCCAGCCAUCCGGAGUGAAAGAUCAAUCGGCAUGCAUGGCCCGUCAACACCCUUUAGACACUGGAAAGUCAUGCGUGAUUACGUUGCUGGCAUCUUGGAGCGUAACCACUACGAGGAUCUUGUCUCGUACAACACAACUGUAGAACAUGCCGAGAAGGAAGGGGACGAGUGGAAGGUUGUACUGAGAAAGGGUGGAAAGAAGCAGGAUUAUUGGUGGACGGAGACGUUCGACGCUGUUGUGGUUGCGAGCGGUCACUAUUGGGUGCCCUAUGUCCCUGCUAUUGAAGGGCUGGAGCAGUUUGAGAAGACGAGGCCUGGGAGUGUUGUUCACAGCAAGCAUUUUCGUGGGAGGGAUACGUUUCAUGACAGGACAGUUGUGGUGGUAGGCGCCUCUGUUUCAGCAGCAGACAUUGCAGUUGAUCUCACCAACACGGCAAAAGCGCCUGUCCAUUGUAUCACCAUCGGACACACAUCAAACGUCUUCUUUGGCGACACAGCAUUCGAUCACCCCAACAUAAGACAGCACCCAUCCAUUGCCAAAGUCACGGGCCGAACCGUGCAUCUCAUUGACGGCACCAGUAUUCCGGAUGUAGACCACAUCGUCUUUGGCACAGGCUACAGCUGGACGCUGCCAUUUUUGCCUAGUCUGCCCGUACGAAACAACCGCGUACCGAAUCUGUACCAGCACGUUGUCUAUCAAAAGGAUCCCACGCUUCUCUUUGUCGGGGCGGUCGGCGCAGGUCUCACUUUCAAGAUCUUUGAGUGGCAGGCUGUGUAUGCAGCGCGUAUCCUUGCAGGACGUGCAACAGUGCCAUCGGAAGAGGAGAUGCAGAAGUGGGAGGCUGACAGGAUCGAGGAGCGAGGUGAUGGACCAAAGUUCUCUGUCGUGUUUCCGGAUUUUGAGGAUUACUUUGAGACUGUCAGAGAACUGGCUGGUGAAGGGGAGCCAGGCGUAGGUCGUAAAUUGCCUAAAUUCAAGAGGGAGUGGUUUAGGAAUUUUAUCGAGGGAACUGAGUUGAGGAAGGCUUUGUGGAGGAGGUGGAAUGCGAUAGCAAGAGAGGAAGUGGGUGUGAAGUCGAGGUUAUAA